GACAUUUAACUUAAAAUCCAAAAUAUACCUGAAAUUGUAAGCAGUAGAUUACAAAGCUAUACGACCCCUUUAACUGCACACAUGUCCUCUGUGCAGUAAACUCUAUAUUUCACUUACAGUGCAUAAUGCAUGAGUUCUAAAAUGUGUGAGCGAGCGUGCUGUCAUCUAAGUGCAUCGCACUUGUGUGCAUGAUAUCCUCUACCUCUUUCAGGUGUUCUCUCAGUCCUUCUCAGCCUCCUAUACCAUCUACAGUGUAGCUAAUGGGGAUCUCUUGGAUCUUCACUCUCCAGAGAGUGAAAAAGCGAUGCUGCAGUAUGCUUCUUGGGGACCUCAAGGGAACCAGCUGCUCUACGUGUUUGAAGGGGAUAUCUAUUAUAAGCCGAGUGUAACCCACAAACCCCUGCAUCUCACGCUGACUGACCAGGAGAAGAAUGUGGUGAAUGGGAUCUCUGACUGGACCUAUGAAGAGGAAGUGCUCCUGGCAAAUGUUGCCCACUGGUGGUCUGUUGAUGGCGCUCGGUUGGCAUACCUCACCAUCAACAACUCUGCCACACCUGUGAUGGAAAUACCUCAAUUCCUGGGUGGUAUUUACCCCUCCAAUAUGGUCUUCCCGUACCCCAAGGCCGGCUCAAGUGUCCCCUCAGUGAGCCUGUUUGUCGUAAAUUUGUACGGCCCAGCUCACACCUUGGAGAUGAUUCCUCCCGACUCUGUCAGGACCAGAGAGAGCUACAUCUCCAUGGUGACAUGGAUCAGCAGCACUCGCCUUGCUGUUCGUUGGCUGAAUCGUCCCCAGAACCAGUCGGUGCUGUGUGUGUGUGAAGCCACCACAGGGGCAUGCUCAGAGAAACAUAAAGGGGCCAUGGACGUCAUGCAAAACCAGCGGCAGGACGUACCACUGUUUUCCUCUGAUGGGUCUAUGUUUUAUAUGAUCCUACCAGCAAAUCAGGGGGCACGUGGAGAGUUUCAGCACAUUGCAAGCUUCUCUGCCCAG